CUUUCUCCCGAAGCACAUCAGGACCAGCGCCGCAGAUUGAUCAAUGAUUUUGUCCACACAUUAGACGAUAUCCCCGAAGAGUGGGUUCUGACCUCACCUACGUCUGAGAAAUGGCUAUUGCCCCUUCGGCGGCUCAAAUCCGAGAUAUCCUGGCUCCUUGGCGGUCCCUUCGGUGGCGCUCGGCAUCAUGGGAGAUCUGGAACCAGAUCAGAGACCCCAAGUGGGAUUAUCAAGGUAUUAAUAUCUGGCUUCGAACACAUUACGCAGAAAGUGUGGAAGAGAAAGCUCGAGAUAGUGCUAAGUUAGCGGCAUGGUUUGAAUCACCAGUUGAAGGAAAUCCUAACAUAGACGAUGACGUGGACGACACAAUGACCAGCUGGCGACUAUUGGAUGAUGAGUUAAUAUUCAACUUUGGUACUGACUGGGAGCGAGUUUUUGAAAUCAUCCCUGAGCUUGUUGGUCCAAAAAGUGGAUUAUCACGGUGUUUCUUAUCAGAAGAAGAUUCUGUGACUAAGAAAUAUCGUAAAGAAAUUUUCGGAGAGCUCCGAGAAAAGGUAGCUUCAUCAGCUGAACUUCAAGAAAAACUCAUCACUAUUGAAGGAAGUAAUAAUAGAGUACAGUGUCGUUCAGUCCAUACAUAUCUUCUGGUGGCUGAUAAGACAGCUUUCACUACGGACGAGUUUCUUAUCCUCUUUCUUGAUCUUAAAGGGCACUAUGUGCGUCAAUCGAGAAUAGAGCUUCCAGAUGAUGAUAUAUUCAUGCUAGGAGAUAUGAUCAAUAGUGAAAAGAUUCGCGAUGCCCAAUAUUGGACCGACAACUUUCCGCCUGGAAGUUCUUUAAAUCCAAAAUACCGUGCGCUAGGCGAGAUUGGACGUGAACUGUACGGCGUGGAAGAUCUGCUUCGAACUUGAAAAGCUUGCCAUUACAAGUUAGCGAUCAAUUUGGUCUAGUCUUAUACUUGUCUAUAAUUCCAUGCUUUUUGCAAGCAUGGUGUUAGAGGGUGAUGCAUCAAAAGAGAUAUUUUUGACUGACUUGCUGUAGAGAAAAUGUGCAUUCUGAAACCAGGAGCUGCUCUAUUUAUACCUAAUAUUUAUAGUUUAGGACUCAAUCUCGACUUUCUGCGAUUAUUGUAACUAUACAGCAGCUGACAGCAUCUAGUGAAUAAUGACUCAUCAUGAACGC